AUGUCAGAGUUACAAGCUUGGCCAGUACUUGUAAAUAGUAGAAGUGGCAACAAGUCACCACAGCAAUCAAAUCCAAUAUGCUUGGAUUCAGACGAUGACGUUUUCUUGAUGGGGCCCCCGCCACCAGCAAAAAGUGGUGGCGGGGGUGAAACUCACCCGAAGACUGAGAAAAAAAGUUUUUAUCAUGAGCAGUUCGCUGUUCAGAGCAAGUUAUCUUGGAACGAACCCGGAGCGGGGACUUUGUACACAGGCGGUCCUUCUAUGAGGGACCCUUCGACAAGGGCCCAGUUGGUCCAUAGCGCCGCCACUCUGGUGGCGGACGGAGAACUUUUUAAAAACUGUGACGAUGAGUUUCCAAUGGAAUUGGCCACGUCUACUAACUUGAAUUCGGCUAUGUCACAUGCAUGUGCCUCUGUAGGGACCUCCUAUUACAGACACCACCAACAUCGGGGGUCUAUCUUUGACGAUCUUUUAUUUGAAAUUUACCAGCGUUGGUAUGAAAGUCAUCGCGAUAGUUUGGAUAGUGACACCUUUACGGAAUAUUCAAGUGCAACCGAAUUCGCCCAUUACAAGUCGGAUUCAUGCCACGAAGGUGUCGACAGAAGAAUUAAAAAGUUCAGUCGUUCAUUCCUGGAGGCUCAAGGUGUGGAUAAACUGCGUAGCAUCCAUGCUAACCUUCGUUACAGCAUCAAUCAAAUGUCUGCAUUGCUUGUACGACAGCUCAAGAGAAGGGAUCAUCGUGUGGCCAAGUUGAAUUGCAAUUCUGACCUUCUUACGGCUUUCCUUCAGGCUUCCUCUCUUAAAAGACGUGUGGACACCCGAAUCAAGUUUAGCAUUGAACCUCCUUCCACUGGGGAGAAUGCCUAUAUCCAGUGGGUGGAUGCUAUGAAAGGCGUGGCCCGUCUGCCUCUGGGUAUUCCUGAAGAAUUUAGGAAGAAGGUUUGGCUUAGUCUGUCUGACAAUUACAUUCAUGAAAUUCAUGUCGAUUGGGAGAAAACUGUGCGGUUUGCCUUUAAUGAUCGUUGCAAUCCUGAUGACAAUAAAUUAGGACUUCAGAUUGUCAAGGAUUUGCAUCGUACUGGAUGUAGUAGCUUCAGUGGGAGGGACAAUGAGGAGGACCGGGCAGUCCUGAAGAGAGUCUUAUUGGCCUAUGCCCGAUGGAACAAACAUGUUGGCUACUGUCAAGGUUUCAAUGUCAUAGCUGCAUUGUUGCUGGAUGUUUUUGACCGUUGUGAGGAUCAAGCACUUAAGGUGAUGAUCUACCUGAUUGAUCAUGUUUUACCUGACAGUUACUUUGCCAACAAUCUGCGUGCCUUAUCUGUGGACAUGGCUGUAUUCCGGGACCUUCUCCAGUGGAAAUAUCCUCCUUUGUCCCGGCACUUGGACAAUCUGCAGCGAACGGCUCAAGAAGAGGCUUCUGGAACCAUUUAUGAGCCACCUCUGACUAAUGUGUUCACAAUGCAGUGGUUCCUGACUUUGUUUGCAACAUGUCUUCCAAAGAAAACGGUUUUAAGAAUGUGGGAUUCAAUUUUGCUUGAGGGUUCGGAGAUCUUGCUGCGGGCAGCACUGGUCAUUUGGGGUAAGCUGGCUAAGAGAAUAAUGUCUGCUGGAAGUGCUGAUGAAUUUUACACUCUAAUGGGUGAACUCACCCAGGAUAUGGUCAAUGGAGAUGCUUUUAGUCCAGAAAAGCUGAUCAAGUCUAUCUACUCGAUUUCUCCUUUCCCAUUUCCUCAACUGGGUGAACUCCGUGAAAAGUACACCUACAACAUCCGUCCCUUUACGGGAGCUGUAGGGAAUACUGUCAAGAAAGCCCCUAAAACUGAGGCUGGAAUUUUUGGCAGCGAUGAAGAUGAUUUGGAUGAUGAAGACAUGGAAGCUAUUCGUUGUUUUACCGGAAUCUUCCAUAUGCAAUCUUUGUCUGCCUCAGGUAAAGCAAAAGCUGCAGAACAAGAAGGCACAGGUGGUUCCAGCUGCUCCUCCAGUGACAUUUCUGUGAUGGGUCCUGGAGUUUAUGGAACUGCUGUACCCACAGACCUUGGCUCCUCAGCCAAAUCUUCUGCUUAUAUGGAACGCAUGACAACAGACUUGAAUGCCUUGAAGAAGCAAUAUAAGAAAUUACGUCAACGGCAGACUCAGGCACACAUCAUCCUUACAGCUGCAAAUGCUCAACAACGCCCCAUCUCUAAUUCUGUUGCACCAACAAUCGAAUCUCCCACAGCCAUGAACCACCUUUUUAUUGGACGUAAUGCAGUCAAGAAGUACCGAAACCGCCUUGUCACUGAAGGCCCACGUAUUGCUUCUCUGCCCCGAACUGCUGAAGAAAAUACAGAGCUUCAACUUGGCUUAGGACGUAGAUCCUUUAGUCGAUCAAAAAGCUUUGAUCAUCCAGCAGCCAUUGGCUACUUGAGCAGAGUAAAAAGUCAAAGGAACAUCAGUCGAACCAAUUCAGUUAGCCAAGAUGCAGCCGCCACACAGCAGACAUGUUCCGAAGAAAGAAUUAAAGAAGUUCCAAAAUCUUCUAUAACUAAAGCUGAUAAAAAAGAUGUCGAAAAUGUUCCAAAAAAUGUGCAUGAAAACACGGAACAAAGUUUUGGUAGCUGUCAUUCCGACUCACUGAAUUCUGCUGAAUUUAAAAACGACUCGUCUCAGUGUGGCUCGACUGAUGUUGACGAGAUGACCUCAGAAGAUACUGUUUUUACCUCCCCUUGCCACGAAUCUAAGAAAGUUGAUAAACUUUCUCUUGAAAAUCUCCAAGAAGAAAGUUUCAACUCUGAACUAUCAGCUUGUUCUCUCAAUGAAACAAAAGAUGAUCAACAACUGAGUAAUCCGACUUCUGAUGCUUUCUUACCACAGACAACGAUGCUCAAUUGUCUGGGUAAUGACAAUGUCUGUCUGUCAGAAAAGCCAACCUUGUGUGAAAGUAAAGAGGAAUUUGUGUCUAAUCAAGGCAGCCCUGAAACUUCAUCUGCAGAUCUUUCUAACUGUCUACCUGGCAAAGAUGCUUCUUGUGCUCUUGCUAGCAACCAUUCUGACAUUAAUGAUGCCUUCUCUACUUGUGAUCCUUUGGCAAUGAUCCAAAUUCCAUCACCUAAACAUGAUCCUAAUUCUUCACUCAGUGAUUCAGACACAAAUGCCUUAUCUUUUGAUGUUUCAGAUUUAGCAAGCGCCAGUCUCUCUUGCGAAAUGGUCAGCCCCACAUCAGAAGUCAGUGAUUCAGCAUCUACACCUCUCGAUGCUUCUCUCCUCAACAACAUUUCUUUAGAGAGUAAUUACAGCAAUCCCGAGUCUCCAGCCAUGUCAGACGAAGCCAGUAGCCUAGCCAGUUUCUUUGAGACGAACAGCGAGAGCCUCAAAAUUUCAGGCGAUGAUGAAAAAACUCCACAAUCGGUCUCUCCGUUGCCAUCAGAGCAGUGCUGGGACAUGGGGAGCACCAUCUCUCCAUUAAUAAACAUGCCCAAUAACCGGAGACCUCGCUCUCACUCUUAUUCUUCUAAAGACACUCGUUCUUCUAUAGAGAAAAUUGGUCUUGAAUUCAACAUUGCUCGCCUCAAUGGCAAUUCUUUGUGCAAUCCAAACUUGAUGGAUUGUGCCGGUCGUGUGCGACGUCACUCUACAAAAUCCGAACAUUCUCCUAGGGAUCCAACAACUUCAGAUUCUCUAGAGUCUCUAAGCAGCAACACAUCUGAAGGAAAUAUUUGUAAUAAAGUCUCCAUACCUAAAUUAUCAGUCAGGCAAUCAGUUUCUCCAACCCAAGCUUAUUUGAACCAACAUUGUGCAAUCAAUGGCAUGAAACUUGGCCUUUAUAAACCAUCAUUGCUGAAGACCGUGAAUAAAAAACAAAAGCCAAGUCUUCAAAGCAUGUUCAGCAAGUCCUAA